AUGAUUUGGUCACCUACAAGCAACAAGCACGGCGUUGCGAUACACAACUGGCACGGAGACGUGAUUCAUGGGCUCGCGCUGGAUGUGGGCGACUGUGUGGAAAUACUCGAAGAGACCACGUACUGGUUCCGGGGCACCUGUCCGCGAAAGCCUCGCAAAGUGGGCCUCUUCCCGAAGUCCUACAUCCAUCUGAAGGACCUGUCCAAGGUGGACCCAGUGGUUGCAGAAUGUACACUGGUGUUGCGAGAAUGGUCCGAAAUUUGGAAGCGAUUGUUUGUGGAACGGGAGGAAUACAAAUUCACCUCGCUGCGCAAGGUAAUGCUGGCGUUGCUGGAAAGCCGACGGGAGCUGCUCAGCGCAACCCUCACCCAGGACCAAACGUAUGAGCUGCAAAUGAAAGUGAUUUCGAAAAUCGAUUGGGGAAAUCGAAAACUGGGCCUCGAUCUGGUGCCCCGACUGGGAACGCUGGCGGUUGAUCCUCAAAAAAUCGGCAUCGUCUCGCUACAUCAGGUGCACGUCAACAGUGCAGAAAAUGCCAAAGCAGCAUCGAACCGUGGCACCCUGCGGCGGAAGGCGGGCAAAAAGAUUCACACGCACCAUCUGUACUUUUGCAUGCGUGACUUUGGCCACCGGAUCGGGGACGAUGCGGAGAUCUACCUUUACCUGUACGACGGCAACACGAACCGGAUGCGGGCCCUGUCCGAGCGCUUUCUGGUGCGGAUUGCGCGCGAUGGCUUCUCGACGUACGUCGAGGCGAGCCACAACUGUACCAUCUUCACCGAUCUCGGCACGUCGGAUCUGAACCAGGACCUGUACCUGAUCGCGAACGUGAUGCGUGUCGGUAAGAUGCUACACUCGGAGUCGGUGAAGAAGGGCGACAAACUGACGGCGAUGGCGCACGCCUACCGGCGGCCGUACGGUGUCGGAGUGUUGCCGCUCAGCGAUAUCGUCCAGUUCGAUUACAGCGUCGAGUCGGAGGAGAAGGAGUUUAGCUUCAAGAUCUUUCAGUGCGAGGAGAAGGACUACCAUCAGCUGCACGAGUUGAUCAUCAAGAAGGCGAGCGGGAAGUUUCAACCGAUCAACGCCAGCCCCCAGGGUCAGUACGGGUUGGUGGUAUCGAUGAAGCUGCUCCACGGUGAGCUUGGCCAGGCGAAGCUGGAGCAACCGAUGCUCUUCCAGGGCACGGCCAUUACCAAGAAGGUAGGCUUCCCGGACGUGAUCAUGCCCGGUGACGUGCGGAACGAUCUGUUCCUGACGCUCGAGCGGGGCGAGUUCGAGCGCGUCGGUAUUAGCACGGCCAAGAACAUCGAAGUUACGGCGCUGGUACUGGACGAAAAUGGGCGCGUGGUCCAGGAGUGUAUAGCGAUCGCGUCCGGCAGUCCUCUGCAGGCGCACUACCGAUCGAUGGUGUUGUACCACAACAAUUCGCCCGCGUGGAACGAAACCGUCCGGAUGUUUGUACCGAUCGAUAAGUUCAGUAAAGCGCACGUCCGGUUCGAGUUUCGCAGUUGCUCGACGCGCGACAAGUCCGAUCCGAAGCUGUUCGGGUUUAGCUUUGCGCGGCUCAUGGAACCGGGCGGUGCAACGAUCGCCGACGGAGCCCACGAGCUGUACGUGUACAAGUGUGAGGACAUUCUGAAGGUGCAACCGAAUGUCUAUCUGCGCCUGCCGUGCUCGGCGACCGACCGACAGUCGCUGGGUGAUUCACCCUCACCGUACCAUCGCAGCUCGAAGGAAGCGUUCUACGUCCGAACGAUCCUUUGCUCCACGAAGCUGACACAAAACGGGGACCUUUUGUCGUUGCUCCAGUGGCGCAAUCGUCCGGAAGGCAUACAGGAUUCGCUGCAGAGGGUUCUGCGCUUGCACAACGAGGAGUUGAUCAAAUUCCUGCAGGACGUACUGGACGCACUGUUUGCACUGUUCUCAACGGACGACGGCAACAGUACACCGCAUUCCGGGCUCGUGUUCCACGUACUAGUCAACAUCUUCAGCUUGAUGCAGAGCAGCAAGUUCCAGCACUUCAAACCGGUCAUGGAUGCGUACAUUCGGGAUCACUUUGCUGCGCCCCUCGUUUACCAAGGGCUCCUGUCGUCGGUGCAACAUUUGGCCGACUGGCUGACGACCACCGACAACCUCGAACCGAUCGUACAGUGUUUCUGCUCGCUCGAGUUCAUCUUCAAGUUGAUCAUCCAGUCGCGCAAGCUGUUUGCACACGCGUCCGGCGGUCAGUAUGAGGACAAGUUUAAGAACGAUCUGUUUUCGGUGUUUACCUCACUGAACGGUAUGCUAACGGUGCCAAGCACGGUGCAGAUACUGGCCACCCAGGAAGCACUGCUCAGCAAUGCCGGGGUGGUGUUUGAACAGCUGCGCACGAUCAUCACACGGCCGGAGCUAGAGACUCUGGUGCGAUCGAUGCUGGAUGCAGUGCCAAAGGAUGCCCAGCCCCCGUUGGUGCAGGCGAAGCUGAAAUCGAUCAAGGAUAUGGUGUCGGGCCAGCUGUUUCAGGACGACGAACUGCGCUCGGUCAUCUUGGGGAUCGCAUGCAAGCAUCUGCGCAUACACCUGGCCAGGCGCGACGAGCUACGACUGUGUACGGAAAUUCUCGCCGAAGUGCUGAUCAAACUGUACGAAGCGCGUGCCAAAGCGGGCGAAAAGCCAUCCAAUGCCAUCCACCACGAUCUGGACACACUGUUCGGGGCCAUCUUUCCGAUACUGCUGCAAACGAUCAAUGUGCUGAGCAACGGGGGCAACGAGAGUCUGGUGUGUUCACUGUUUGCGGUCAAACUGGGACUGCUUCAGCUGCUGGACGAGUCGCACUAUCAGCGCAUGUGGGACCGGCAAAGUGGUGCCAGCCCGGGAGGAUCGAACCCGGGCGGCGGCAACAGUUGCCCGUCGGCUGGCGGGAAGGAGCUGCGCGAUUUCAUCCAACAAUGCCUGGCGAUCUUCAAGGAUAUGCUCGAGCAGGACUGGAUCAUUUUCUCCAAAGACUGGCUGGUCAUGAAGAUGGCGGCCAACGAUGUGGUGCGGCGCACCCUCGAGGAGCUAGCGAAACCGCUGGUGUACCGCUUCCUGGGCCCCCAGUCAUUCGAUUCGCAGCUCUGGUGGUCGUACUUCAGUGUGGCCGUUAUCUUUCUCACGCAACCAUCGCUGCAGAUCGAGCAGUACCACGAAACGCGGCGGCGCAAGAUACUCAGCACGCACGGCGACAUGCGCGUCAUGAUGGGCUUUCAGAUACUGAGCAUGUGGGCACAGCUGGGCGAACAUAAGCUACACUUCAUCCCCUCGAUGGUGGGCCCGUUUCUGGAGGUUACGCUUGUGCCGGAGCCGGCGCUCCGCAAGGCAACCUUUACCGUGUUCUACGACAUGAUGCAGUGCGAACAGGUUUCUCGCGGAUCGUUCCGGCUGGUAGAAAGUGAGCUGAUCGACAAAUUGGAUCUGCUGAUUAGUGAAAACAAGGGCGACGAUGAGUACCGGGAGCUGUUCAGCACAAUGGAGCAAUUGUGCCUGGCUCUGCUGGAGCGGGUGCAAACGGAAAACCCUUCGUGGCGCGAAUCUGGCAUCGCCUUCAUCUCGUCCGUUACGCGGCUCCUCGAGCGGCUGCUCGACUACCGCAGCGUGAUGCAGGGCGACGAGAACCGGGACAAGCGGAUGACGUGCACGGUGAACUUGCUCAACUUCUACAACGACGAAAUAAACCGGAAGGAGAUGUACGUCCGGUACAUCUACAAACUGCUCGAUCUGCACCUGGGCGCCGAGAACUACAUCGAGGCCGGGCUAACGCUGAAACUGUACUCCGACAUGCUGUCGUGGGACAGCGAGCACGUUUCGGACGAUUCGAAUGGUCCGCGCGAGUGGGAACAGAAGGAGAAAAUCUAUAAAAAUAUCAUUAGCUAUUUCGACAAGGGAAAGUGCUGGGAGAAGGGCAUCCCCCUGUGCAAGGAGCUGGCCAUGUUCUACGAGCGCAAACGCUUCGACUACAACCGGCUGAGCGAUGUGCUGGUGCAGGAGGCCAAAUUCUUUCAAAACAUUCUCACCCAACUCCGCCCGGAACCGGAGUACUUUCGGGUUGGUUACUACGGAACCGGCUUUCCGUCGUUCGUUAGGAACAAACAAUUCAUCUACCGCGGGCUGGAGUACGAGCGGAUCGGUGCGUUCAUCCAGCGGCUGCAGACCGAGUUCCCGACCGCGCAGAUCCUGGACAAAAAGCAGUACCCACCGGACGGCUCGAUUCUGAACUCGCCCGAGCAGCGGUUCCACGUCGUGAACGUGCGCCCGAUCGCCGACCCAUACCACCUGAAGAGUGCCAAGGUGACCGUGCCGGAGAAGAUCUCCAAGUACUACGAGGUGAACGAUGUGACGCGCUUCCAGUACGAUCGGCCCGUGCACAAGGGCACCGUCGACAAGGACAACGAGUUUAAGUCGCUCUGGAUCGUGCGCACGAUCUACGAGACGGCCCAGCCACUGCCCGGCAUUUUGCGCUGGUUCGAGGUUAGCAAGACCUCGGUCCACGAACUAACGCCGGUCGAGUUUGCGUGCGAAACGAUCGCCAACGUCAACAAGGAGCUGUCCGAUCUGAUCGUCCAGUAUCGGCUCGAUCCGAAGCGCAAUCUGAACCCGUUCACGAUGCGCCUGCAGGGUUCGGUCGAUGCGAACGUCAACGGUGGUUUCAGCAAGUACCAGGAUGCGUUCUUUUCCGAGCGAUUCGCUAAAUCGACCGAGGGGCGCGAUCAGAGUGUUCACGUACAACGCCUGAAGCGACUCAUCUUCGAGCAAAUGCAAAUUCUGCGCCAGGCACUCGAGUCUCACCGCAGCCUCGCCUCGGACCAGGUACUGCCGUUGCACAACCGUCUGUCGGAAGCUUUCCUAGAACUCGAGAAGGCCACAUCCGAGUGGAAGACGAACAUAAACAUUCCGACCAAACCGCUGCCACCGCUUCCGAUCGGUCAACCGGUCACAUCCGGAACACCGAUCGGGGGCCAACCACUCAGUGGCAAGCUGUCGACAAACGGCCAGGAACCGGCGUACUUCCCGGAGGACUACGAUGGGACGUACAUGUCGGUGAACAAAAAGGCCCUGUCGCUGUCCGGCAUCAUACCGAUGGCUGCGCUCACUUCGUCACCGGUGCCGCAGAUUCCACCGCGCGACAGUAUGGGAGCCACCGGGGUCGGAUCCCCGACGGCACCUCCGUUGCCGCCGCGUGGCCACACACCCGACAAGCGUAGCUCCAAUCCGAUGCCAUUCACCGAAUACGUCGAGCAGCAGCAGCAGCAGCAGGCACAGCAACAACAGCAAGGGUCCCUGCCCGGCAAGGGACGACCGAAGAAGUACUCGCUGUACGAGAUAUCGUUCAACGACAGUGGCAACUACGGUAGUCCGCGCAGUUUGAGUGAGUUCAAGAGUGCUUUCAAUCGCGAUUCCGGCAUCUCCACCAGCACGCAGGAGUUGAACAAUUUGAACGGUGGCGGCUCCACGGUCGGCGCUCCGGUUCCGGUCCAGACUCCACAGCAGCAGCAGCAGCAGCAUUAUCACCAGCCUGUAACCAUCGGCGGGUCGCAGCACGAGGAGUACAAUAUUGUGGCCAACGGAAACACGCAACCGAACCGGGGUCACCAGAAAACGAACUCGAACCCGGAAGCGUACCAAGCCAUCGCGAUGGGUGGUGGUGGCCAACCACCGCCGCCACCGAUUCCACCGAAAUCGACCAUGCUGCACCAUCAGCACUCGAUGCCGGCGGCCGUGAUGGUGGCCGCCAGUAGCAACAGCCUCAACAACAAUACCACUCACUACGCAUCGGCGCACCAUCAUCAUCCCGUCCACCACCACCAGCACCAGCGCAACCAGUCGCUCAACCUGAGCACCAACAGCUCGUCCGACGGGGAGCAGCUCAGCCUGAACGACAUCAGUCCGGCACCGCCACCGUUUAACGACAAUUUUAGCGAUUCCUUCAGCGACGAGUGUGACAAUCCGUCGGCACAGGCCAAAGUCGUAGCCCCUCCGGCCCCGCCAUCGCAGGCACACAGUCCCCGGAGCAUGGUGGUCGGUGCGAGUGCAGGUUUUAUACUAAACGGUGGCAGUGGUGGCGGCGCCGCGGCAGCAGAGAUCCUUGAAAUGGGUUCGAUAACAACGACCACCACGACGACUACAAUCAUUUCGCUGCGGCGCGACGAUGAGGACGAGAUUUUCUAUUGAAAAAUGAACGCAAACCAACCAACGGAACGGGAAAGGAAGUGCGCUACUGGCUAGAGGGUUGUUUUCAACCCUAGCACCCGCUCGGUAGGAGCUUUUGAGUUCCGCCGGAUACGAGUUCGCAGUUCGAGCAGUUUGUUUUGUGUGAUGUGUCUCUCCCGUUACCGGUAGGGAAUAAGUAUGGCGUCCUAGUAACCAUUGCAUCUAGCAUCCUACGAACGAACGAGGAGUUUACUGAGCGAAAUUUGACCACUCAAAUUACAUGAAUUUCACAUGAAUUCCGUUUACACAUGAAUUUCACAACUAAUAGUCAUAAGUCUUUCUACGUUGUUCAUCGUUUCUGGAGUAAUCGAGAUAAUAAUUGUCAGAUAAUCUCGCUCAAUCUCAAAUCGUCACAAAUCUCAAUAUCGUCUUCUUCACUAGCGUUCAUAGGUUGCUACGGUGCUACGGUUGCUAGGUCGCCCGGGAAGCAUCAGUAAACUACAAGCAAGAGUUCAGCAACAUACCAACGAUAAAUUACAUUCAGGAACAUUUCCACAAAGUUUAAUGUAAACAAAAAAAGUAGCGAACCCUUCUGUGUGUGUGUGUGUUGCAGAAUGCGCCACACCAGAUUGGUUCUAUUUAUACAUAUACACUAUACGAGUAAAUUUCACUAACUAAUGAUGAAUACCUCCUAUGAAUAUACUCAUACUUUCGCCAAUUUCAGGUAGUGGCGAAGAGGAUAAUCAAAGAGACGAUAAGCCACUUAUAGUGUUAGUUGCAAACCAUGUAAGCGCGCCGGCUUUUGCUGUUGCGAUUAACCACAACACAACGACUACUGGAAGCGACGAGUAAACAGUUUGCCAAACAACGCGCGCACGUUGAGGUCCAAAAUUGAGGAAGUUCGAAAUCGAAAUGGAAUAGGAGACGGAAGUUGUAAAAAUUAAGUUCAACCCUCACUCAUUCGUUUGAACCUAGUGCAUAGUCAUAAAGCGUGAACGUGAUUUCAAUUAAAUAUUUUACUGAUCUGUGCUGUAUCUGAGAUUUGAUCUGAGAGAGGAUUUGGAGAGAUUCAUAAAGGGAGCAGAAUUGAGCGUUUGAAACGAAAAGGUCCUCCGGAUGGCGGGACUGUUCGCCUCACAGGUUAGCCACCUGGCGCUUACUGAAAUGUGACAUUAUAAUCUAUUAUGCGCUUUCCGCUACUCUGCUCCACUCCAUUUGCUCCAAAGUAACCAAAUUCCAAAUUUUUGACCAUAUAAGCAUAAACAACUAGUCAGUGACGGGUACACAGCACUUUCGUAGAAGCAAGAGCGGCAAGGCCAGGCCAGGAUGUAUAGGGCGGGCGGACAUCGGGAAUUGAAUAUUGCUUGUACUGUAUGUGUGUUGUGUGUGUGCUCGCGUGAAUUUGUGUGUGGCUGUAAGUAGGAAUUUCCGCGCCAAACAAAGUGCAAGGCUUAUUUGAAGUUUGCGUGUCCGUUUGCGUGUGCCAAUAUUGUAACAAUAGUUCCGUGACAUACUCAAGUUCCCCUCCAACGGUGGCAUUGACGGACACGUUAAUUGGUGUCCCCGGUGUGCAGCAUAAUAGGCGAAACCAUGAAUAAUAAAAAUGCAAUCAUAUUAGACCAUUGUAGUGUGUUUUAUUGUUUUCCCAAAAGGUCAUCCCUAAAGAAGUUUUACUAA